GGAGUUCAUCGUUCACGUGGCUUAAUCCUGUUAGAGCGCUUGUGUGGGUCACAUCGUUGUUACGAAAUGUCUCGUGCUCAUCUCUGGUGGUAGAUAAACGUGGUGGGGCAGUCGAGCUGGCUGGAACAAUCGCGAGGGCCGAGAACUGAGAGACAGAGGCAGCAACAGUCUGAAUCGGUCCACCCAGCUGAUCGCGGAACGUGGCAACGAGGAAGGGAAGGGCAUCGUGGAUGGGAACGCAUUGCUUCGCAAUCUGAAAAUGCCACCGCGGUUAAGCAAGUUCGCCGUUCCCUGCAGCUGCAAGGAGUACGUGCAUCCGUGGGUGGACUCGUGCAUUAGCGCAGCUACCGGCCUGGGACUCCACACAUUCCAAGAAUCUCUCAGACUUUACUCCACGGUCUACCUAAUAGCCUUUAUGACGAGAAGAAAAGUGCCAAAAGGUGAUGAUAUCAGAAAGAUGUUACUCGGUAUACUCCAGUCUGCAGCUUUCUUGUCAUGGAAUGGUUUUGCAUAUGCUGCGUAUCUUUGCAUUUUAAGGCGCUUAUUGGGGAACUUUAAUAUUUUGACUGUAUCGUUUCUUCCAUCAUUCCUAGCUAGUUUAAUGGCCAUUCUUAUAGAAAGACCCUCAAGGCGCACGUUGCUGUGCCUUUAUGUCUCUAAUAUUGCAACAGAAACACUAUUCCGAAUGGGCGUAUGGCGAGGUUAUUUCUCUGUUUUGCAGAAAGGAGAAGUUUAUAUCUUUGCCAUUAGUGCUGCCUUAUUGUUACAUUUAUACCGUAGUAAAGGAAAUAAAGAGGACAGUAUUUUUAAAAUAAUCAGGCAUGUUAUUGGGCCAUAUGAAGAAUACAGAUAUCAGGAAAAACAAAUGUUGCAGUCAUCGAGAUCGACAGAAGUACUGUCUGAUCCAAUGACCAGUUUCAUAAAUGAAAAUCAAGAUUUGAAUUCUUCUAAAAAUUCUGUGUUUAAUGCUGUGUGGGAGGGGUUCAGAAUGUAUAAGGACAUAAUUGUAUGGAUGAAAUCGCAAAGUAAACAUCCAUUCUGUCCACAUCCUUAUAGUUGCUUCCAUUAUGUUUUAAUGGGAUCUGCAAAACUCUUCGGCUACGGCGUGUGUGCGCAAUUAGCACUUAAGUUAGUUUUUCAAGCAAAACAAUUAGUCAGAAGGCCGCAACUCUUUAAAAAUGUUAUUCUUAGGAGGGAAAAUUUAUACUUAGCCACAUUCUUGGGAGGAUUCCCUGGCAUAUUCAGGUUAACAUCCUGUUUGCUGAGAAGGGUCUUUAACGGAGAUUCACAAUUUUUUGCUAUUCCUGCAGGGGUACUUGCAAGUAUAGCCUUUACAAUGUACCCAAAUAAUACAAUUGCGCUCUAUGUCAUGUGGAAGGCACUGCAGAUACUUUGGGCUAGAGGAGUGGAGAGUAAAAAAUUUCCCGAAGUCAGGUGGUUUGUUAUUUUUUUGUACAGCUUCAGUACAGCGAUACUUUUCCAUGCUGCAAUUAUCGAACCGCAGAAUCUGAGAACUUCUUACUGGAAAUUUUUGCACAACAUAUCUGGUGGAAGAAUCGCAGCGAUGGCUCGAUUACCAUUGGAUGAGUUUGGUUUAAAUACCAGCUCUAACGUUCAAGACAUUUUGAGAAAAACUCGUACCAUGGAUAAGCUAGUAUAUUCCUUUUAAAGUUGUCAGUUGAUAAAAAAGAUAGCACUACCUGUUUCUGAAUGAGCCAUGGUGGUCUAAGGCUUUAUCAAAAUUAUUGAAUCGUUCAGCUCUGAAUCAUUUGAGCAACAUACGAUACAACAAGAGAGGUGUUCAGAUUAAGAGCACUCAGGACUUUAUGACCAUUUGAAUUAUGCUCUUUUUGAAUGUUAUAAGGUUAUUUGACACAUAAAAAGAAAUGUCUAAGGUACAUGCAUUGGAUGUUUAUUUGUCACAUGAAAUAAAUAUUUUAAUGGUAGGGGGCUAUAUUAACAUUGAUGCAAGUAAGACCAAAGAAUGGAACAAGUAGGUAAUACAUUAAUUUCAGCAUGUAAUAUUGUAAAUGGAAGGGAAUAAUCUAAGUUGGCACAUAAAUAUGCUUAUACGUACGCUAAGAUAGUGAUUAUCUGUGCACUUGAAGAAAUUUAAUGCUUUAUUAAAAAAUUAUCGUGCAAAAAGGAUUUUAGAUAGCACUGAUGUUUGCACAUUAAGAAUACCAAAAUUUACAUAAACAUUUCAACACAUUUUGACAACAGAUAUUUCACUAACAGCGCUGGCGCACACCUUUAUCAUUUAAGUGAGUUAAUUUGUAUAGUGAUAAAAUGUAUUUAUUCAAAUGACUUAUGAUUACUUAGUAGGAACAACGAUGUAUUUUUACAAAUUUACUCUUCGAAUUAUGUUAAAACUUCGCGAUAGUUAAUGUUCUGAAUAAUGUAGUCAUUAGUACACUGACGGACAUGAAUGCCUUCUUGUGGGUAUGGUGACGACAAUAUAAAAAGGGAAGACGUACAUGUCCACUAGUGUACAAGAUGCAAGCAAAAUAAUAAGAUUUAAUAUAUCAUUGUAUUAAACCAUUGGUGCCUGGAUAUAAUUUAUGACAUAGCAGGGCUUAUUGCAUUUAUACGUACGGGAAGUUUCUCACGUUUUUCAUAUAAUAGGAAGUAGUAACAGAUUUACAAUUAUAAAGAUAGAUAUUGCAAACUAUCUUAGUUCUACUUGUUCUUCUUCACUUUGGCUGUAAAUAUGCCGUGAUAAAUAUUUAUUGGAAGAGAAUACUUUUCUGGGCUAGGUUUGACGUUUAUUUUCUAGUUUAAACGGUGCAGUAAUAUUUUAUAAGACAUCACAUUUUUAUACGUUUGUAUGCUGUGACAAAUUUUAUGAGAGGGGAGGUGUUGUAUAUCAAUAAAUUUUACUUGAACUGUUA